AAAAGACAGAGACUUUCCUGGGCUUUUUCCACGGGUGCCAACAAGCAACAAGCUCCUGCCCUGCAUAUAAAUAGACAUCUCCCCUGUUCACGCCUCCCGUCACAUGCAACGGAUUCAACUUUGUCCUCGCUCUCUGGCGCUCUCCCUCCUCCCUCCUCCAUCAUCAUCUUCAUCACUGCAGUCGUCAUCGUCUUCUACGAUGAACUCACCGAGUCUGGUCUUAGCUACAACGGCCAUGGCUGCUGUCUCCAGCACCAUCCUGUUUCUUGCUUUUUCCAGGCAAAAACCCCCGUUUCCUGACCAAGAACCUCAGCCCCCCGAGCAAAUUCUGCGAUCUUGCUUAUGUUCAGAUGGAAAAAAGAAGGAAAGAAAGAAGAAGGUACGGUUUGCGGCUGACGUGAAGGAGCCAAGAGGGAAUGGGGAUGAGUUCAGGAUGAAGAUGAAGAAGAUCAGAGCAUCAAGUCCUGUCGAGAGAAGUUGCAGGAGCGAAAUUCCUGAAAUUCCUGCAAACAGAAUCGCCUUGUACAGUGGAAUCCUCAGGGAUCGAGCCAACCGGAUGGAGUGCUCGCACUGAUCAAUUUAGUUCAUCAACUCCAAUCGUUUUUCCUUUCUUCUUUUCACUUUUUGGUGUACAAUCUAACUCUAGUUCUUCUUUGAUUUUCCACGUCUUUCCCGCUGUUGACUCGUGGUAAACAGAUGUGUGGCUCUGAAAACAGAGCAAGAAAGGGGCAAAUAGUUUUUGUGCUCCUUCUGUGGAAAGAAAAGAUCUGUGCCUUUUUGUGUGGAUGUAAAUAAUGCUUGUCGUUGACUUUGGAAAAUGAAGAUUACUUUUUUCUUAUGACUA